CAGGCUGGGGAAAAGGAGGUUGAAAACUGAGCAAUUACACUGAUGUUAUAUAGCGUAAGUAGAUACCUAGGUACCGGUAGGUAGUUAUAAGUUGUUGCCAUGGUAAAGUUGAGAAGCGAGCUUUUGUGAUAAUCGAUCAUCUCUCCCUCCGAGCAUUAUUCGUCUUACGUACUUAUAAGUCGAAAAUACUGUCAUAAUCCCUCAAAAGCUUGCUGCAUUAGAGGCAAUAUGGCGAACGAAUCCAUAUCUCCAUAUCCUGAAGGUUCAGCAGAAUUUACUGCGACUUACCUGACAACUCGUGCUCUCGGCUGCUCGCACCCAGUAAAGUAUCAUGCUGAUCAUACUAAAGAGCAUUCAAAAUACCCAAGCCGUCUUGGGUUCUUCCAUGUUACUGCGAAAGAGCCCCGAAUCAGCUUCCUGGACACGGGAAGGCUUUGCAACGCGUGUCUAGACGCUGUGGUUCCAGAUGGCUUCCACUUUUGGUCGGCAUAUAGCAUCAUCAAUGGCACAAGCGCCACCGACUCGCGAGCUCCACAGCCACGAUGGCUGGAUAUGGCCCCUUCAUCCCUCUACUAUCCGCCAUUGACUCAGGCCGGAAUCGAAAGGUUUCCACAUGUCUCCUCGUCAUUGGAAGUUAUCCCCCCUCAUCUGAACUUGUCACGUGGGGACCUUCCUAUACCAAAGGUCCCUGGCGCCAAGGAGGCUUGGGAAUGGUUACAGAAGGAGCGGAAGCCAUUCUACAUCGAUCAGCUUCAUCUUAUCAAAGGAUGGAGCCUAAUUGUGGAGAGAAGAGCGAAGACCGACAGUAUCAUUGCGGAGCGGGCUGGCACAGCCUAUCAUCCAGAAGCUCAACCUAAGGCCCAAGGUCGAAAGCGAAAACCCUUAGGCAAAGAAACAGCCUCGUUCGAAGAGGAACUGGGAAAUCCCGCCGUUGCAUCCCCUAAGGCAAAGGGAAAGAACAAGGCGGCCGAAGACAGGCAGUCAACCCUACCAAGAACAACAGAAUCAAAUGGUAACAUUGCCAAACCCAGUGUCGUAGCCUUGGAUGAGCCAGAUGCCGUGUCCAAGUUCCUCAACAUACAUCAACGCGAAGAAAACAUCUCCCCCGCUUUGUCUACCUCCCCAAGAGAGGGUAAUGAUGCCACGUCAAUAAAAUCAAUUAAGAAAACUACCAAGAAGUCUUCCACAGCGGUCAAAAGAGACAAGGAACCUAUAAAACCCAAAUCAGCGGAACAAGUCGUCGGAAACGCAACGCCAAAUAAGACAGUUCGAUUCACCUUUACUAAGAACUGGAAUAACCAUGACCCGAUCCCAUUUGAUAGUCCAAUCAUUCCUCCAAACCUAUCACAUUAUGAGCGUCAGGCGCAGAUCAUUACCCCUAUCAAGGAUCCGGAAUCCAACUUCUCACUAGAGAAGCUGAUGGGCAAGAAGAAGUCCACCACGGACAAAAUAUCGUUCUCAGGCCCCGGCUCAUCUACUGGAACUCCCGGUAUCAUGGCUUUUCUCCGAGCGGACGAGGCCGAGGCAGGAGAGUCGAAGAAACCAGCUCAGGUACCAGACCUCGUAGAAAAGAUGAUACACGAAGCACUAGCCCGACAUUCUUUGACUACAAAUACCAGGGAAAUUGAAAACAAGCGGGGCAUACCUCUGGAUAGUAAAUCUUGCAAACAACCUAUUGCCGACGGUUCUUCAAAACCAACCAAACCUUCCACUGAGAAGUCAACUUCAAAGCCAGCAAAGCCUUUCGUCAAGAAGUCACCUUCAAAGCCAAACAAGCCUUUCGUUGAGAAGCCAUCUACCAAAAAUGAGUCAAUCCACAAAAAGUCCACGAAGGAACCCACAUCAUCGGGCGAACAACAUGAAGAAGAUGCAUCUUGGCUGCCGAAACUUACUGAAUGUGGGCGUGGUGUAGGCAAACCCACCAAGAAUAAACCUCAGGUUGACAUGCGCUCUGGACUUAAGCCCCAGGCUACCGCCAUAACCCCGCCGAAAGUCAAACUGCCGAGAGUCAAACCGCCGAAAGUGAAGUCGUCGGAAGUGAAGCCGCCAAAAGUAAAGCCACCAAAAAUAAAGCCGCCACAUUCUGAAUCUUCUCAUAGCUGGAGAAAGCACAUUCUUGCGACUGGAAGUAAACCUCCCAAACCUAACACUGCAACAUCCAGCCCCCCGAAUCAUCACCCUACAACAUCCAAUUCACCCGAGUUUAUAGAAAGUACAGGGCCCAACCCACCUGGGUCUACAAAACCUACAAAGUCUGAUGUACCUGGGUCUACAGAACCCGGUCCACCUGGGUCUUCAGAGCCCAGUUUACCUGGAUCUACAGAGUCCAAUAUACCAGGGGCUACAGAGCCCAAGCCCCCAGAGUCUAUAAAGUUUAAGCCUUCUGAAUCUAUAGAGUCCAAGCAUCGUGAGGCUACAGAAUCCAAGCCGCCCAAGUUCUCAAUAAACGCAUUACAUGAGGCAGAGUCGCAACAAGCGGGUCCUUCACAAUUCACAAAUGUCGAGCUCGCCCCCAGCGGCGGAGGGGGCGAUGAUGAUGUGGGGAGUGUCAGUGACCCGAUUGAUGACACUGACGCCAGUGGCCAGGAAUCCGACUUUGAAAAUGAGGGGUCGUCGACUGAUGGGAAUGAAAGCGAAUCGGAGAUUGGUAAUGAAAGCGAAUCGGGGAGUAGUAAAGAAUACGACUCAGAUGAAGGGUCAGAGGACGACGAGUUGCCAACUGAUGAGGAUGGCAACGGACUACAGAGUGGUAGUGAAUAUGACGGGAGUGAGAACUCAGAGUUUGAGGAGUUGCUGACUGAUGAGGAUGAUAACAGCUUGCAGAGUGGUAGUGAGUACGACUCUGGUGAAGAAUUAGAGGACGAGGAACUUCCUACUGAGGGGGAUGAUAACGAAGUGGAGAGUGGCAAUGAGUACGAUUCCGGUGAAGAUCCAGAGGACGAGGUAAACGAAGACGAUACGGACCACGAUUCAAACUCUGAUGAUACAUCUGAUCGUAGCGACGACGAUCACGAAACCGACGAUAAUAGCAAUGAGAAAAGUAGCGGAAGUGACGAGGACGGCAGCAAUCACAGCGAAGAGGAAGAAAACGGCGACAGUAGCGAAGGCAACGAGGAUGAUAAUAGCGAAAGCGACAAGGAUGACAGCAGUGACAGCGAAAAGGAAGAAAGCGAUGACGAUGAUAACAACGAACCUAGCGAUGAUGAACACGACCACUGGGACUAUCACAAUGAAAGUGAUUAGUGGAAGAUUAUGCGAAUGAAGAAUGCGUUCUAGUGUUUUACGAUUAUAGUGUUACAAAAUAUUCAAUAGGAAUUGCUCAUAAAUUCAAUGUAUAUUAGGUAUCUAAU